GGAGCUGCCGGGCAUCGGCUUCCGGCGGGGCGGGCGGCGUGAUGCCGCGCUUCUUGGAGGCGGCCGCGAGGCAGCUGGCGGGCACCUGCCCGGGCCAGGCGCGGUUCCUGCUGUGGACGCUGAGCAGCUGCCGAGAUGAACAAUUUGGAAAAGAGAGAAUAUGUCCUUACUGCUUCCAGUUCCUGGUUCCUGACAGCUACCGGGUGCGGCUCAAGCCAAAGAUGAAAGUGACCCCUCAGAUAGAGAAAAUUCUUAAACGAGAGGCAAAGAACUACAAACUCAAUAUGAAACAGCUAAAGCUUUUGAAAAAGUACAGGGACUCCAAAAGUGUUCUGCUUGUUACUUGUAACUCAUGCAACAAAACAACAAGACAUUAUGGUAAAAGCAGGGAUUUUCUGGCUACCAAGAUCCACAACUCAGGCUCUCCAACUAUUGAAUCCAGCCUGAAGACACCAGAUGUAAAAAUCCAAUCUGCAAACAAAAGGACACCUGCAAGCUGCAGUAGGUUGGGAUCCAAAGGGAACACUCCUUCAUCACUCUCCAGAACUUGUAUAUCCGGACAGGCGACAACCAGUUCCAUUUCCAGGACUCCCCGAAACUCCAAAUUUCACUUUACUAAGCUAAAACGGAUGCUUAACCUAGAAGAAAAAGAGAAAAUCCAGAAGGUGGAUUUGAAAGCCUUCCUGACUUUACUUUAGUUUCAGAGUAAUAAUAAUUACAGCAGUAAAUACUAUUCCGAUUUUAAUAAAUGACUGGUGAUUUUCUUA